AUACAUAAUCCAUAAUCCACCAUGAAAAUUUCUGUGGUGCUUCUGAUAGGUGUGGCGGCCGUGACCGCUGCCGCCGAAAUCGAUUGGUCCAAGGUGCGUCCAAUCGAAGAUUUCGAUCACUACUGGGCUCGGCUGCCGCAGGAAUUACAAUCCCUUCGAUACUCGGUGCCCAGCUCAAGGAUAACCAACGGAAACGAAGCUAGACCCGGUCAGUUCCCGUAUCAGGUUGCUUUAGUCAUCAACCUUGAUCAGGGUAGUGCAUUGUGUGGCGCCUCCAUCAUAUCCAACGACUAUAUUCUGACCGCCGCCCAUUGCGUUAUUGGGGCUCUUGGGGGAACAGCUCUACUAGGAGCACAUAAUCGUCUCAACAACGAGCCAUCGCAACAGUCCAUCGUUUUUGAAGCCGAUGGAAUUACGAUCCAUCCGGAGUAUACUGCGAACACCAUCAGAAACGAUGUUGCCUUGAUUCGCUUAACCAAUUCUAUCGAAUUCAACGAGCGAGUUCAACCGGUUGGCCUCCCAAGCCGUCAAGAUGGUCGCACAUUUUCCGGUAUGAUGGGUACAGUUUCCGGAUUCGGGCGAACGUCCGACACCAGUUCCAGUACGUCGCCUGUUGUUAGAUUUGCUAUCAAUCCCAUCAUCACUUUCGCCAAUUGUUUGGAUCAAUGGAACAAUGCAAUGCACGUGAUCCAACCGCAGAACAUCUGCCUCUCUGGUAACGGUGGUCGCUCGUCCUGCAAUGGUGACUCUGGCGGCCCACUCACAGUUCAGGACAACGGAGAGAGCCUGUUGGUGGGAAUUGUAUCGUUUGGAUCAUCGGCUGGUUGUGCCAUCGGAAGACCAUCCGUUUACGUUCGCGUGACGCACUUUUUGGAUUGGAUCCUGGAGAAUUCAGAUGUGGAGGCAUGAAUUAUGGAAGAUGAAGAAUGAAAAUUAAAAUC